GGUAACUAAUCAUGGCGCUGGUGUCUGAGUUUCUGGGCCAACUGACACUGUCAUACGGAGGGGACAUAGAUCCCAAAUUCCCCACUGUGGUGCCAGUGCCAGACUUCGACCCAGCCCGGGACGCUGCCAGGAUUGAGACCGCCAUCAAAACUAAAGGUGUAGACGAACAGACCAUCAUCGACAUCCUGACCAGAAGAAGCUACGAGCAGCGCAGACACAUCGCCUUCGAAUAUGAACGAAUCGCCAAGAAGGAUUUGUCCACAGCCCUAAAGGGGGCGCUAUCAGGCUCUCUUGAGGCGCUGAUGCUAGGCCUGAUGAAAAGCACUGCUCAAUACGAUGCCUCUGAGCUCAAAGCCUCCAUGAAGGGGCUGGGAACAGAUGAGGAAAGCCUCAUCGAGAUCGUCUGCUCCAGGAACAAUGAAGAAAUGGUGGAAAUCAAGAAGGUUUACAGAGAGUUGUUUAAGAAGGAGCUGGAGAAAGACAUAGCAGGAGACACAUCAGGAAACUUUGCUAAACUGUUGCUGUCUCUGGUUCAGACAAAGAGAGAUGAGCCCUCUAAUGUUGUCGACUAUGAGAAGAUUGAUGACGAUGCCAGAUCUCUGUAUGAAGCCGGAGUGAAGAGGAAGGGCACUGAUGUGACGACCUGGAUCUCAAUCAUGUCUCAGAGGAGCGUCCCCCACCUGCAGAAAGUGUUUUUCACAUUUAAUAGGUACAGCCCCUAUGAUAUGAAGGAGAGCAUCAGGAAGGAGGUGAAGGGAGACCUGGAGAAGUCCUUCCUAACGCUGGUGGAGUGCUUUGAAAACAAGCAGCUGUACUUUGCCAGCAGACUCGGUGAAGCCAUGAAGGCUAAAGGGGCAAAGGAGAAGGUGGUGACCAGGAUCAUGGUUUCCCGCUGCGAAGUUGACCUGAUGAAGAUCAGGACAGAAUUCAAGAGGCUCCACAGACGAUCACUGUACCAGACUAUCGCUGAGCACACUAAAGGAGACUACCAGGUUGCUCUGCUCAGUCUGUGUGGAGGAGACGACUGAGACCUCAGUUUUCCAGGAGACUGCUAGGUGUGACACGUCAGGUCUUCUCACAGUAUUUGAGCCAUUUGCCAUUUUCAGACUAAACAGCUUGUGUUUGUGAAAUAAAUAAAAACCAACCCAAAACCUUCA